AUGCCAAGCAAACAAUGUCAAGAAUGUAAAGAAAUAAAAAACCUGAGUGAACUAAGCGCUAAACUUGAAAUUUGUCAGAGUUGUCGAACUUGUGAAAAUUGUAAUGGAGUAAUAAACGAUGGAAUCUUAUAUUAUACGCUAGAUGAAAGUUAUAAAGAAAAAUUAACCCGUUGUCAUUUUUGUUUAAGCAAAGGAGAUAGAUACCGACAACUUCGUCAUUAUGACCUCGACAGAUUAUUGAGAGAAGCCCGACAACAUAUGAACAGAAAUAACAAUAUAUUUAAUAAAAAAGACGUAGAAAAUAAACUAAAAGAUUUUAAAGAAGGGCAAGAUUAUUCGGUUUCUCCGACUGAUGAUGGAAAACAAAUUUAUAAUUUUUCCUCUGAUGAAUUAAAAAAUUUUUGGGGUGAUGACCGAAUUGUAGUUAAUCGAGUGGUGGAAACCGACAGUAAUAAAGAUUACAAUUAUUACGGACAAUUUGAAAAUUAUCAAGAUGGUAGUUAUCGGAGUUUUCAAGACCCAGAAGCGAUAGGUGAAAGUUUAGAACAGGGAAAGAUUAGUGAAAAACACAGAGUUCAAGAUAACAGUGGUUUCCAACCAACUUGUUGCCAUGGCUGUGCCGAAAACUUCCAAGGUAAAAGGGAUGGAGAAAUUAUUAAAUCUGGUUCAGAUGAGUAUUUCCGAAGAGAUCCACAACAAAGAGGUCGAAUGGGAAGAAACGAAAAAGGAAGUUUUAUAACUGAUAAAGAAGAAAAUGGCGAUACCCACUCUGAUUUGCGAAAAGAAAACCGAGAUUUACGUCAACAAUUAUCAGAAGUCCAAAAACAAUUAGCCGAAGUUUUAGAGGAGUUGAAAAAGUUAAAGAGUGAGGUAAAAGGUAAGGAAAGCGAAAAGUUGAGUCAGCAAAUAGUUCAAAAUGAAAGGUUGGUGAAAGAAAACCAAAAUAUUUCGGUGGCUGAGGUUCAAGAGCAAGUUAAUAAAUCACAAGCGUUAAUGAAAGAGUUUAAAAAUGUUUCCUCAACCAAGGAUAAUAAAGGGGACAGUGUGCUUCCUUAUGUAAUUGGUGGUUCGGUAAUUUUGGCG